GAAUCCUGUGUUCUUUUCUGAAGUUUGUAGACCAUAAAGCAGCUGAAUAGAUAAACCUCGUUUUGUAAGAAGAGAAAAGGCCAGGAUGCAUUUCCCUGGGCUUCCCUUUGCGAGGCACAUUGUCCUAAUGUUUUUUUUUCUAUAUAUGUCUGAUGCACGUCCAUCAUAUUACAUUUCAACGCCUAGUUACAUUUUUCCUGGUGUCAAUACAACGCUCGCAGUUCACUUAUUUGGAACAAAUUACUCUGAACUGAAUGUGACUGCAGGAAUUAUGGAGAAAAGAAAUGUUUUAGUACAAACCAGCAAUGUCUUCCAUAAUGAUUCUAUUGGAAUGCUUACUAUUCCUGCACUUCCAGCAAAUGCAUCCUCAGUUUUCUAUGACUUGUUUGUGAAUGGAUCAGCCCAAGAUAAAUUGGUUUUCUCCAAACAAAUUGCAUUGCAAAUGCAGAUAAGGAAUGUAUCAGUUUUCAUACAAACAGAUAAGAUUGCCUAUAAACCUGGACAGCCAGUCAAAAUCAGGGUCAUUUCAGUAUACAGUGAUCUGAGGCCAUACAAAGGACACGUAGACCUCACCUUCAUGGAUGCUGAAAAUAAUAUUGUCCAGAAGUGGCUGAACUUGAGCACUGAUCUGGGGGUUGUAUCUACAGAAUUUCUUUUAUCUGGCAGCCCUAUGCUUGGUUCUUGGAGGAUUCAAGCUGCGGUAGACAAAACAGACACCACUGCUUAUUUUACCGUCGACGACCAUGUUUUACCCAGAUUUGACGUUACAAUAAAUGCACCCGCUUCCUACUUAUUAUCAAGCCAACUUAACCUGACUGGUACCGUCACAGCAAAAAACAACUUUGGAAAACCCAUAAAGGGUAAUGUAACAGUGUCACUGAAUCCUAUGUACUAUGUGCCCUCCGGUGACUUUACCAAAACAUAUGUGCUGGAGUCAGGAUCAGCAAAUUUCAGUUUCACAUAUGAAGAAAUUGUAACUUUGUUGAAUUGGGGUGCAAUUAAUAUCACAGCCUCUGUGACAGAAGAACAAACAGGUAUUGUGAUGGGUGCAUCAUCAUAUACAGAAACAACAAACUCUGAGUACAGACUUUUUAUACUUGGUGAUCCACGCGCAAUUUCACCUGGGCUCAAUUUCACGGCAAAGAUGCAGAUUGUUCGAGUAGACAAUACAUCAUUAGCAAAAGAAGAAAGAGAUUCAAAUGUUACAAUAAAAAUUGUACAGUCAACUACUAGUUACUGGUGGUUUCGGUCAAGCAUAGAAGAAGAUAAUUUGAACUCAUCUACACCAGGCUUCAGUUCUGACACUGUAAUUGUGCAACAGUACGCCAUUCCAGAAUCUGGAUUUAUUGUUAUUGAGUUUCCGCUAAUACAGUCUGUGCAACUGAUAAGGAUUGAGGCUCAAUAUCGGAACACCACUAAGAACUGGCUUCUGGACAGAUCUUCUGGAAAAAACAUGUAUGCUCAGAUCAGAGUCUCAAGUGGAAUGAAAAGGGUUGGAGAAGCAUUCCAGGUAGAUGUCAAUACCAGUCCGCAAGUUCAGGACCUAUACUAUGUGGUUAUGGCCAAAGGAAUAAUAGUUGCUGCUGGAAAAAAAACGAAUUCAUCGUUCACACUCACUCCAGAGCAGUCUUGGGCUCCAUCUGCUACCCUCAAGGUGUAUUUCCUUUACAUUAAUAGUGACUAUGGACAGAUAGUGGAAACCUCUAAGACUCUUUACAUCAAAGGAGCAUUUCGGAACAAGGCAUCUUUAUCAUGGAGUAAAAACAAAGCACAGCCUGAAGAAAAUCUUUUCUUGACAGUUAAUGCGGUAGAAUCGCGUUCUCUUGUGGGACUGCGCAUUGUUGAAAAAACAGCUCAAGAAAAUGGAAAUGAUUUAACUGAGAUCAGAGUAGAAAAUGAAAUUACCGCCUAUACUCAGGGUAUUGGUUACAGUAUAAGUGAUUCCAUAAUCAGCCAAAGUGAUAGUCCACUUGAUGAACUGAUACCAUUGGUUAGAGGUGAAGAAGAUUUCAUUCAACCACUUCAGCCUGUCAAGACAUUGUAUCCUGAGACAUGGAUUUGGCUAGAAACCAACAUUAGUUCCACUGCUUCAAGCAGUCUGCAGUUAACUGCACCAAAGACAAAUAGCACUUGGGUGGCCAGCGCUUUUGUUAUUUCUGAAGGACUAGGUUUAGGACUGACAGAACCCACUGAGCUAGAAGUAUUUCAGCCUUUCUUUAUCUUAUUGAACAUGCCCUAUUCAGUAACCAGAGGUGAACAGUUAAUUGUGGAAGUUAUUGUGUUCAACUACUUGGCAGAAAAUCUACAGGUCACUGUUGAACUGGAUGCUAGUAACACAUUUGAAUUUAUUGUGAUAAAUGAUGAUGUCAAUACUCUAGUUGGCCGGAUGAAUGUGACUGUUCCCACUCAAGGCAUGAAUACAGUUCUAUUUCCAAUAAAACCAAGACAACUUGGUCAAAUCUCGAUUACAGUAAGAGCGACUUCAUCUAAAGCUGCAGAUAUUGAAACCAAAACACUAUUUGUAAAGGCUGAAGGAAUUAAGCAGUUCCAUUCUGAGGCCGUUUUAUUCCAGUUGGAUGGCACAGGAAGUUCACCUCAGACUGUAUCAAAGAACUUAUCAUUCACUUUUCCUACUAAUGUGGUACAGGGGAGUGAGGAAGCAUUUGUCACUGUUGUUGGAGAUCUUCUUGGACCAUCAAUAGAAGGUCUUGAGUCUCUGAUCCAGAUGCCAUAUGGCUGUGGGGAGCAAAACAUGAUUAACUUUGCACCAAACAUCUAUGUUCUUCAAUAUUUAAUAGCAACUCUGCAGAUAACGCAAAGUAUUAGAACACAAGCCAUAAGCUUCAUGGAAAUAGGUUAUCAAAAGGAAUUGACUUAUAGGAGAAACGAUGGCUCAUUUAGUGCUUUUGGGAACAAUGAUGCUUCUGGGAGUACAUGGCUUUCAGCUUUUGUGCUUAGAUGUUUUCUUCAAGCUCGGCCAUUCAUUUACAUAAGCCCAGACAUUUUAACCCAAACCGUAGAAUGGUUGGUUCAGUACCAGGAUAUGAACACUGGUGUAUUCUCAGAACCUGGGCGUGUUAUUCAUUCUGAGCUCCAGGGUGGGUUAAAUGGUCCCAUCACUCUUACUGCCUACAUACUUACCUCACUCAUUGAAGAUGAGGGAUAUAGGAAUCAACAUUCAUCUAGAGUGCUUAAAGCAGUGCAAUACCUUGAGAAUGAGUUUGAUAAAGGAAUUUCCAGUAACUACACCCUGUCGGUAGUAGUGUACGCUCUGUCUUUGGCAAAUAGCACUAAAGCAAACACAGCUCUUACUCAGCUCAAUUCGAGAGCAAACACCAUUGGAGGGCUAAAGUACUGGUCUUCUCCCUCUGCACUAACAAGUUACUGGCAGCCUCCGUCAUCAGAUAUCGAGACAGCGGCAUAUGCGCUACUUUCCCACUACAGGCAGAAUCGUAUUUCUGAGGGCAUCCCUAUCAUGAGGUGGCUGAGUCAGCAGAGAAAUCACCUUGGGGGAUAUUCUUCUACCCAGGAUACAGUUAUGGCUCUUCAAGCUUUAGCCCAGUUUAUGUCAGUGGCUUCAACUGGUGAAACUUCUUUAACUGUGACAGUUACAGGUCCAGGUUCAUUUGUACCCAAAAUAUUUCCGAUCGACAGUGCAAAUCUCCUAGUUUUACAGAGUCAACAGAUCAGUGUUUCCCAGCCACUGUCAAUCAGUGUUACUGCAGCUGGCAGAGGACUAGCUAUUUUCCAGUUAAAUAUAGUUUAUAACCAGAGAAUGUCAUCCAAACGUAAGAGUCGUGGACUCAGCUCAGAAGCCUUCACAUUAGAUGUCACAGUAAAUGAAGACAAAAAUAAUAUUCAGCGAUAUUCUGUGGAUGUCUGCACAAGCUAUCAAGGCUCUGGGAAUGAAAGUGGAAUGGCACUUUUAGAUGUUGGAUACCUUAGUGGAUUCACAUUGGAUCCAGAUGGAAUUCCCAUAAGGGGGCCCCUUAAGAUGGUGGAAAAAAGCAAUGACAAAGUUUACCUUUACUAUGAUUCAGUGACAAAAACAAGUCUAUGUGUGUCUGUGCCAAUGGUUCGUGUUGCUAAUGUGGCUGGUUCCAAGGAUGCGGUGGUUAAAAUUGUCGAUUACUAUAACCCAAGAGACACUGCAAUAAGAACUUAUAAUUCUGAGACGAUGAGAAAAAUUUCCACAUGUGACUUUUGUGGAUUGAACUGCACCCUGUGUCAAUCCAAUGUUCGAGUGGUGAAGCCCCAAACAAGCAGUGGUUGUUCUCCAACAUUCCACCUGUUCGGGUUGUUUAUAUUUAGCAUGUAUUUUAUUAUGUGGCAAUGAUUUUUUUUCAAAAUGUUAGUUAUAUUUUUGAGCUAUUAUUGAGCUAUUUUGGAAACUAGUCUAAUAUACAGAAAUAUGUUUCACAGCUUUUAAAAAUCAUUGCAAUUAAAAUUUAGCAUUCAAAAGAGCUGUAUAUACUUUUUAUAUAUUUGGAACAAAAAGAAGCUAUACAUUAUACUUUAAACUGCAAUGUGCCACAGUUCGGGAUCAUGCUUUAAAGCGUCUUUGUGAAUGUUGAAAGUAUGACAAAAAUAUAUUUUUUAUUUCCUAAUAAAUAUAUAUUUCUGAUUA